AUGGAAAAUGUUAAAGGAAAUCUUGUUCGCAUGCUCCAAGUACAUAUAACAUGGAUGAUGAAAGUAGGAAUUGUUAAUCAGGCUGCCCAACAAAUAGUAAUGAAUGCUUAAAUUAAACAUGUUCUUAAUUAGUUGCUUAGUCAUUUUAGAAUGUUAAUGGAAUUCCUCUUGUGUAGACUCUAAAAAAUGCCCGAAAAUUAAAUACUCAAAUUAUAUGUUAAAACAAAUCAGCCUUCAAUUAUUCAUUAGCAGAUGGGAUUACUGCUUAUUAUUAUUCAAAAUUUUCAUGGAUGUAUAAUACUUGUCAAAAUUUACCUAAUUUAUCUGGGAAUAAUAUAAUUCUUGAUUCAGUAUGUUAACAAGUAAUGUCAAAUUGUGUAGGCAGCAGUUAUGGAUGUGUAGACAGAUAGAGUGAUUGUUCACUUUUCAAAGGAAAUAAGAGAAGAUAUGUCUAAUGUUCAGUAUAUUUACAACUCUAAUAAUAAUACAUAACAAUCUGCUUUUUGUUAAGUAAUAAAAUUAAAUACUUCGGUUGGUACUGAAUCAUUAUAAUCUAAUUGA